UUUCUACAAACCCUUCCUUUACUUUCCCAGUAAACCUUCUUUUUUUUACGGUUAGAUUAAAUAACACCGUUUAAGCUUCAAACUCCUAAACCCUUCUUUUUCUGUCUGUUUUUCUCUUUGCUCUAAAACCCUAGUUCUCAAAUUCGCACAAAACAAUGGCAGAAACGAGUCAACUCAUUCAGCACAUUGAAUCGUUCGUUGAUUCGUCUCAUUCUCCGGGUCAACAGGCUGCAAGUUUGGAGGCCAUUGCUUCAUUGUUGAAGAAUGAUCAGUUAACAAUAGAAACACUGGUUAGGGAGAUGGAAGGGUAUUUGACCACCACGGACAACAUUAUUCGUGCUAGAGGUAUUCUCCUUCUUGGUGAAGUUCUUGUUCACCUUGCAUCAAAACCAUUGGAUGAUGCUCCUAUUCAUAGCUUGAUAGGAUUUUUCAUGGACAGAUUGGCAGACUGGAGAGCUUUACGAGGAGCACUUGUUGGCUGUUUGGCCCUGAUGAGGAGGAAAAGCAGUGGUGGUAUGGUCAGUGGAAAUGAUGCAAAAGCAGUUGCAGAGUCCUAUUUACAGAACCUACAAGUGCAGUCACUAGGACAGUAUGAACGGAAGCUUUGCUUUGAACUUCUGGAAAGCCUACUAGAACGCUACCCCAAUGCUGUUGCUUCACUGGGUGAUAACCUUAUUUAUGGAAUCUGUGAAGCUGUUGACGGAGAAAAGGAUCCUCAUUGCUUGAUGUUAACAUUUCACAUUAUUGAGGUUCUAUCGCGACUGUUCCCUGAUCCUUGUGGUCCCCUUGCCAGUUUUGCUCAUGACCUUUUUGAGAUUUUGGGCUGUUACUUUCCUAUUCAUUUUACACAUCCUAAAGUUGAAGAUGCGAAUGUCAAAAGGGAUGAUCUUGCAAAAGCAUUAAUGCUAGCAUUUUCGUCCACACCUCUUUUUGAGCCAUUUGCCAUUCCAUUACUCCUCGAGAAGCUUUCUUCUUCACUUCCAUCAGCGAAGGUUGAUUCUUUGAGGUAUCUCAGUGAUUGCACAGUGAAGUAUGGAGUAGACAGAAUGGCAAAACAUGGCGAAGCUAUUUGGUCUUCAUUAAAAGAUGCAGUAUUUACUUCAGUUGACAGUGUUUUAUCCUUUAAUCCAGAAUCCCUUGAAGGUCUAGACCUUCCAGAAAAUGAAAUUGCAGCAGAAGCACUAAGUCUUUUACAAAAGCUUAUUGUGCAAAAUACAAAGAUGUUUUUAGAUUUAAUUGUUGGUGAUGAAGACAUAAAAAUGAUCUUCAAUAUGAUCUCUAGUUAUGAGACUUACCACGAAAUUCCUCCACAGAGCAAGCAGAGACUGCAUGCAGUUGGUCGUAUCCUUUCUACUUCUGCUAAGGCUUCAACAUUGUCAUGCAAUAGAGUUUUUGAAUGUUUCUUCAGCCAAUUGAUGAAUAUUCUGGGUCUUUCUGUUAGAAACUCAUCUGGACAUCCAUCUUCAGAUGAGGGUAUUUUGAUUUCCAAAAGAUGUAAUCACGGAGCCCUCUAUCUCAGCAUUGAGCUCCUUUCAGCAUGCAGAGAUUUGGUUGCUAGUUCUGAAACAAUCCCAGCAGCAUCUGCUCAUACAGAAGAAACAUGGAAGUAUUUGCUUCAAAACUUUUCUCCUUCACUAACUAUGGCCUUCUGUUCUGCCUUCAUUUGCACUAGUGAAGAUACUCAUAAUGCAGACAUGUACUUUGGAGUAAAAGGAUUGCUGAUUUUGGCUACCUUCCCUGGAGGCUAUUUUCUGAUACCGAAAACUGUGUUUGAGAGGAUCUUAGUGACAUUUGUAUCAAUUGUCAAUGUGGAUUAUAGCAACACAUUACUGUGGAAACUCGCACUGAAAGCCCUCGUGCAGAUUGGCUUAUUUAUUGAAAGAUACCAUGAAUCUGAAAAGGAACUAAGCUAUUUGGGCAUUGUUGUUGAAAGAAUUGUUUCAUUGGCUUCUGUGGAUGAUUUUAGCAUGCCAUUUACACUCAGGGUAGAAGCACUCUUGGAAAUUGGCACAAGCGGACAAAGUUAUAUGCUGAAAGUCGUUCAAGGGUUGGAAGGAACAAUAUAUGCCAAUUUAUCUAAGGUCCAUGGAAGUACAAAUUCAGCAGAAAUUGUGACUCAACUUUUGAAAUGCUAUUCUAAUAAGGUGAUACCAUGGAUAUGUUGUGCGAAGGGUCUUGAAGAUGUUCUAUUGCAUUUUGCUAUUAAUAUUUGGAACCAAAUUGAGAAUAGCAUGGUUUUCCAUGCUACUCAAACCAAAGAAAGAGGAGUUCUUGAUGUGAUGAUGAAAGCAAUGAAGCUUGCUGUUGCAAGUUGUUCAGUGGAAAAGCAAAACAUAAUUGUACAAAAGAGUUACAGUAUUCUUUCAUCAAGCACUUCUUUUCCAUUGAAGGAGCUGUUCCUGCAGGAAGGGUUUCAAAUUGCUCAAGUAGUGGAUGAUAGUUCCAUUAGAGAUGAAUGGAUUCUUUCACUUUUUGCAGCAGUAAUUAUAGCAGUUCAUCCUCGAACCCACAUUCCGAAUAUAAGACCAAUGCUUUAUCUGUUCAUGAUAACCCUCCUCAAGGGUAAUGUUGCAGCAGCCCAAGCAUUGGGCUCUAUGGUUAACAAAUUGGGUUCUGGAGGACAAACUUCAAGUGAUUGUACCUUGGAGGAAGCAAUGGAUAUAAUUCUUAACUCGAGUUUAUGGAUUUUCCACAAUGAUCGUUCCCCUGAUAUUCAAGCUAAAAUGACCGUUGUCCAUGACAUAAGUUGUACCUCCCUUCAAAUCCAUGCGAUUGUUGGACUUGCAUGGAUUGGAAAAGGUUUGCUUAUGCGGGGCCAUGAAAAAGUUAAAGACAUGACUAUGAUCUUUUUACAGUGCUUACAGCCAAGUGGAGUAGCAGAUAUCUCUCAUCAGGAAAAGAGUGUCUCAGAGAACAGUUAUGAGCUUGAUUUGCAUCAUUCUGUGAUGAAAAGUGCAGCCGAUGCAUUUCAGAUUCUUAUGGGUGACUCUGAACUGUGUUUGAAUCGGGACUUCCAUGCAGUAAUACGACCUCUUUAUAAGCAACGGUUUUUCUCAACAAUGAUGCCCCUUUUACAGUCUUUAGUUAUGAAAUCUGAACCACUCUCAAGACCAUUUCUAUUUCGGGCUUCUGCACAUAUUAUUAUGGAUACUCCACUAAUUGUUGUCUUGAGUGAUACCAAAAAGAUAAUUCCAAUGCUGCUGGAUGGUUUAUCUGCAUUAAGCAAUGAUAUUCUGGAUAAAGAUGUUAUAUAUGGUCUCCUGCUAGUCUUGUCUGGAAUAUUGAUGGACAAAAAUGGUCAAAAAGCUGUUUCAGAUAGUGCACAUACUAUCGUCAAUUGUCUCAUUGAUCUUAUUCAAUACCCUCAUAUGAUGCUUGUUCGUGAGACAGCCAUUCAGUGUCUUGUUGCCGUUUCUGGGCUAUCGCAUGCAAGGAUUUAUCCCAUGAGAAUGCAGGUACUACGAGCUAUAAUAAAGGCUCUCGAUGAUCCGAAGAGAGCUGUUCGUCAAGAAGCUGUCAGAUGCAGACAAGCAUGGGCAUCAAUUGCAUCAAGAAGUCUUCAUUCCUAACCUCAAGAAUUUGCUCCCAAGGCUAGCCAUGUGCAGUAAAUAUUGCUACAGAUUCUUUAUGAUCAUUUGGCAAAGUAAAAACACUGUAAAUUUUUAACACUUAACAGGGCAUUUGUAAAUAUUUUCAAAGUGAAUACCAUUUUUUUUUUUUUGGUGCUCAAAGAAGUCAGUGCCAAGAGGUGCUUUUAUUCAUCUUAGAUUGGGCAUUUCUACUGGCAAAUGUUAUGUGAGGGUCUGUUUUGCGAGCAUGGAUAGAACAUCCAAAACGAAACAUUGUCUCAUAGCUGGAUUCUAACAGCCUUUUUCUUUUUACUUAAAACUGUCAUAACUUGAAUUAAAUU